GAAGUAACUCAAAGCUUCUCCUCUAUUCUCUCUAUAAAACCUAUCCUCUGGUCAUCAGAUUUAGGUCACACUUCAAAAGCGUCAACAUAAAGUUAGGCCAAACCCCCCAGAAACCCAAAAAAGAACGUCAUAAGAAAAAAAAGAGUUAGAGAGAGAUGGAGAGUUUUCCAAUCAUCAAUCUCGAGAAGCUUAAUGGAGAAGAGAGAGGACUCACGAUGGAGAAGAUCAAAGACGCUUGUGAAAACUGGGGGUUCUUUGAGUGCGUGAACCAUGGGAUUCCACAUGAACUACUUGACAGAGUGGAGAAGAUGACCAAGGAACACUACAAGAAGUGCAUGGAAGAGAGAUUCAAGGAGUCCAUUAAGAACAGAGGACUCGACUCUGUUCGGUCUGAAGUCAAUGACGUUGACUGGGAGUCAACUUUCUACCUUAAGCACCUUCCUGCCUCCAAUAUAUCCCAUGUCCCUGAUCUCGACGACGAUUACAGGACGUUGAUGAAAGAGUUUGCCGGUAAGAUAGAGAUGUUGUCGGAGGAGCUACUGGAUCUGCUUUGCGAGAAUCUUGGAUUGGAGAAGGGUUAUCUGAAAAAGGUGUUCUACGGAUCGAAAAGUCCAACAUUUGGAACCAAAGUGAGCAACUAUCCACCUUGUCCUAAACCGGAUUUAAUCAAGGGGCUCCGAGCACAUACCGACGCAGGCGGCAUCAUCCUCCUCUUCCAGGACGAUAAAGUCAGUGGACUUCAGCUCCUUAAGGACGGUGAGUGGGUCGAUGUUCCUCCGGUUAAGCAUUCUAUCGUCGUUAAUCUCGGUGACCAGCUUGAGGUGAUAACCAAUGGGAAGUACAAGAGCGUGGAGCAUAGAGUGAUAGCCCAGACGGACGGAGAAGGAAGAAUGUCCAUUGCAUCAUUCUACAACCCUGGAAGCGACUCUGUUAUUUUUCCGGCGCCGGAGUUGAUCGGAAAAGAGAAUGAGAAGAAGGAUAACUAUCCAAAAUUUGUGUUUGAGGAUUACAUGAAACUUUACUCUGCUGUCAAGUUUCAGGCCAAAGAACCAAGGUUUGAAGCCAUGAAGGCUAUGGAGACAACCGUGGCCAACAAUGUUGGACCAUUGGCCACUGCCUAAAUGAAUGGCAUUAUAAUACAGUCUUCAUAUAUUAUCUUUAUAUUCGAAUAAUUUUUAUGUAGUAUAUGUUGUUGUAUGUUUAUGAAACGUUAUUAUAUAAAUAUAAUUGAAAUUUAUAUUUGUUGUAUGUGGAGUUUUAAUUUUAUAUUUAAUUUAUCAAAAA